AUGUACGGCCGGCUGCUUGAAGCACUGGCUAAAAAGGAUCAUCACCUUACCAUCGUUUCGCACUUCCCCAUGAAAAAUCCGCGAUCAAAUGUGCGUCAAAUAAGCCUCGCGGGGACAAUACCAGAAAUCACUAACAAUCUUACAAAGCAAAACGACUCAUUAAAGCCCGAUUUUAUGAGAAACUUGGAACAGAUAAUGAAAGAAUGCGUGGACGCAUGUGAGACUGCUGCCAAAGUGCCAGAGGUCAGGGCAUUAUUCAAUUCGACAGAGACGUUCGAUCUGGUUAUAGUUGAAGUGUUUGGAAGCGAUUGCUUCCUACCUCUCGGCAAGAAAUAUGGAGCUCCUGUGGUCGGGUUCCUCUCAAGUGUUCCACUACCAUGGUUGAAUGAGCAGCUUGGAAACCCCGAAGCGACUGCCUAUGUACCAUCUUAUAUGGUCGGAUAUGGUCAACGUAUGUCGCUAUGGGAAAGAUUUGCUAACACAAUGGCGGUGAUAAUAGCAAAAAUUUUGUAUAGAUACAAAUCGCAAAUUCCGUCACAGGCUAUAUCGGACAGACUUUUUGGCCCAGGACCGAAAUUGGAAACAUUGGCACAAAACUAUAGUUUAGUUUUGUCGAACAGCCAUUUCAGCAUCAAUGAAGUACGGCCCCUAGUACCUACGUUAGUAGAGGUUGGAGGUUUACACUUGAAUGAUUCCCCGGUUCUUUCACGCCACAUGCAAAAACUUCUGGACGCAUCAACGGAAGGCGUGAUCUACUGGAGUUUCGGAUCAAUGUCGAGAAUAGAAACGAUACCAAGUGAUACAUUAUCUCGGAUAUUUGACGUUUUGUCGGAGCUGCCUCAGACGGUGUUCAUAAAGAUGGAUAGGCGUAUGUUGGCCCAGAACCUCACAGUGCCUGACAACGCAUAUACCAUGGACUGGAUACCACAGCACGCUACCUUAUGUCAUCCGAACGUGAAGCUGUUUAUCUCGCAUGGUGGUCUACUAGGCACACAAGAAGCUGUGGCCUGUGGGGUCCCAAUGUUGAUGGUGCCGCUGUACGCAGAUCAGGCGCUCAAUGCACGUGCGAUGGCUGACAGGGGCGUUGCAGAAAUCGUAAAUCUUAAAAAUACUGACAAAGACACAUGGAGGCGAAAACUACGGGAGUUGUUAACAGAUCCACGGGUAAAGGGAAACGUAGUGUCUAGACUCUUACUGACUAAGAACACCGCCGUUACUUCUCUAGCUUUAGGCCUAGACCGCGAUACCUAG